UCGACCGUCAUCUCAGUAGCGCGGGAACCAUCGACGAGAGCGGACGUGGCUGCUGUGCCACCUGUCAGUGACGCGCACGUGGCGGUGUCGAGACGCACGAGCGGCGCUGACAGAGCCGGUCUAGUGUCAAAUGUCACGGCUCGCCGACGAGCUGCUAAUUGAGAAUCUCACGAGCUGCUAAUUGAGAAUCGUAAUUGAGGCUCGUGUGGGUGCCGAUUAAAGGGAUCGCGAAUACAGUUAUCGGCCUUGUCGUCUUCAUCGGCACGAUGGAGUCGUGAGUGUGUGAAAAGUUAAUCCGGCCCGCUGGUGCACAGAGCAGCGAUCGGCGAAUUAUAAAUGACACUUCGUGUUAAAAUUAUCGGAGGCGUUGCACGUAUGCGAUCAAGAUGGUGUUCUGCACACAGUACCGAUUUUUAUACAUGCUGUCGAGACCCGAGCAACGGAUCGCUUGGACUUGGCGGAGAAGGAACGGCACGGUGUUCGAAAUCCCGGAGAAAAAUUCGCUCACCACGGCGGAGUGUGUCGUCGAGCUGAUGAACGUGUCCGUCGCUGCUUUCACGGUGCUCGUCGCCGCGAUUUUGAUUCUCAAGUACAAAUGCGCCGGCAGCCGCGAAAAGUCUUCCAAGUCUCUCUUGCCGUUUCACACGUGCAGAACGUUACUUUGUAUGCUGCUGCUGUUGACACUUUUAUUGGAGCUAUGCGAGUCCCUACUGACGUCGAUCGUACUGUCGUCGGUCUUGACAAUAAUAGCCGUGCUAUCCUGUUGGAUAUUACAUCGAGAAACCGAGAUCAGGGAUGGUUUCGGUACCGCCAUAUCGGGCGGCGGAUUUACGAUAAUCUGCAUCACGCGAGUAUGGAAACUCUACCAUUUGCACAGAUUCAGCCUUUCCAUCGAACAUGUUCGGCUUACGACAACGGCGAUCGUUGCUUGUUGUUGUGGAUUGAUAGCCAUCAUCGAUACUUACAGUCUCUACCGUAUGAUAAGGAGAAGCCGACGUUACGUUAUUAGAAAGAACAACAACAGGCGAAAAUCGUACCGGCAAUCUGUUUCGCCGUUUCUCAGCAGAAUCACCUUCCACUGGGUAACUGACUUAUUAUGGCGCGGAUAUCGGGCGCCUUUAGAACUUCACGACCUCGGAGAGCUUCCAAAGGAAGAAUCAACGAGGAAUCAGUUCGACCGAUUCCGCAACAUUUACGAAACCGAGAAGCUGCGCUGUCGAGGACGGAAAUUAUCUUUAUGGAAAUGCUUCUGGAAGCGAAUAUGGAUAGCUUUCGCGGCGGGUGGGCUUCUGAAGCUUCUUGGAGACGCUACGACUUUAAUCGGUCCUAUGAUGAUUCCCAAAAUAAUCGAUUACGUGUCAGACCGUCAAAACAGCACCGUGUCAAGGGAAAAUCUCCCUUGGAAGAGAACCAUGACAUUUUCGGAGAUAUCGCAAAACGGAUAUUUUCUGGGGAUCGUAGUCUUCCUCGCGAUCAUCUUACAAAGCACACUAAGCCAAGCGUACACUCAUAUACUCUAUGUCGCAGGAAUACGCUUAAAAACGGCUCUUCAGGCACUCAUUUACGAUAAGGCUCUUCGGUUACCUUCUUGGAGUAUCUCGGAGGAGGAGAAGCCAUCCGACAAGGAUAAAGAGCAACACUCUCAUCCGCAGGCAGCCGACAUUGGGACCCUGACGAAUCUCAUGGCUGAAGACGCAUAUAACGUGAUGAGCUUCUUCUGGGUCGGCCACUACGUCUGGGCGAUACCUCUGAAAAUCACCGCCAUUAUUUUUCUUCUGUACCUGAAACUAGGCAUUAGCGCGAUUAUAGGAUCAAUUUGCUGCAUAUUGAUUGUCACACCGAUGCAGCUUAUUCUCGGCAAACAAAUGUCCGUAAAUUCCACGUGCAUAACGGAGAAGAGCGACGCGCGCCUUCGUCUGGUCAAUGAAAUUCUUCAAGGAAUGCGACUCAUUAAGCUACGAGCCUGGGAGAAUGUCUUCGAGGAUCGUAUACGCAAAGCUCGGGAUGAGGAAUUAAAGCUGUUGGACAAGAAUUCUAUAUAUUGCACACUUAUCGACUUCGUGACGCACGCUUCCUCGAUUCUGGUGACCCUCUUCACAUUCGGAAUUUAUUUCUGGCUGGAGGAACGAAAUCUCGACGCGGGAAACGUUUUUGCCAGUCUCGCGCUCUUUUCGCAGAUGGCGGUGCCGCUUUUCAUCUUUCCGACGAUAGUGCCGAUUAUUAUCAACGCCAUGGUCUCUACGACGAGACUAGAGGAUUUUCUACGGAUUCCGGAGGUGAUGAAUAUUCUUCCCGAGCCACCUAAUCAAAGAUCGAGUGUUAUCGAGGAAAGAUUUUCAAAGAAUAAUUUGUACAUCGAGAACGAGGCAAAUAAGAUGGCCAGCGUCACAACAUGCGGAUCGCUCGACGAUAUUGUAGAAAGCGAAGAAGAUCGGCAGCCGAGUGUUUCACAGGAGUUCUAUUUAACUAUAGACUCCUCGAUCGACACGGUGUUUGAGCGAGAUCCGAAGGUACCGGACUCUGUCGUCAAGAUUACACCGAGUAUCUUUACUUGGGGAUCCGAUGACAACACAUUAGUGGUCGACACCCUCAACUUCCCACGUGGACAAUUGACAUUAAUAGUGGGAAAAACCGGAAGCGGCAAGACAUCCUUGCUGCAGGCUCUCUUGGGAGAGAUUCAGCGGAUAAGCGGGAGCGUUGAGUGGACCAAGGGUCUGAAGAUCGCCUACGUGGCUCAACGGCCGUGGCUCUUGAACAGCACUCUGAAGGACAAUAUUCUCUUCGGCUCGACGUAUUGCUCGCAAAGAUACCUCAACGUGCUGCGUGCGUGUGCCCUUCAGCCAGACGUGGACAUACUUCCCGGUCGGGACCUCACCAGGAUAGGCGAGAGGGGUAUCAAUCUGAGCGGUGGGCAGAAGCAGAGGGUCACCAUAGCGCGAGCCAUUUACAAUGACGCCGAUGUGCUCCUCCUAGACGACCCAUUGUCGGCGUUAGAUCAACACGUCGGACAACAUAUCUUUGAUAAUGGCGUGAGAAAAUCCCUGCUGAGGAGCGGUCGGACGGUGAUUAUGGUCACUCACAGACUGGAGUUGUUAUCUACCGCUCAUCAGGUGAUCGUUAUGGACGGCUGUCGAGUUCGCGCGGUCGGAACAAAGUCCAGCAUCGAGGACGCGGAUCCUGAAUUGGCGGCCGAGUGGCGAGUCGCGGCUUCGAGAGAGCAGGACGACGGUGGCUCUCAGAGGACUGCCAGAGACAGAUGGUCCUUGAUCAGGCUGGUGUCUAGGAUUGGAUUCAACGUGAAAGACAGACAUGCCAGCGAUGGGUCAUGGAACGUCGAUCGCGAUGCCCAUGUGAAUCCGCCAGUGUUUGUUCCUUUAAGACUGCGUCGAACGACUUUGGGAUCGAGAUAUUUGGCUUGCGAUCUCACAGAUCUUCCAGUGUCGACGGAAGAAUGGAGCAUCGGCAGAAAACGAUCAAAAACAUGUCGCGACACCGUCAGAUCGACGAGCCUUCAACCUCAAAGACGACCACCGCCGGUCCUUCGACAGAGCAGCACGCCGACGAUUCUCGAGAACCGAUAUGUGGCGCCGAGAAAAAGAAACAACACAUACGACAACGGGCAGCACAACAGCGUGCUGAAACAGCUCUUCUCCACGAGGGUCAUUGUACAACCAGAAGACACGACGAUAAACAGAGACAAAAGCGUCUUACGAAAACUAGUGCCUGGUUCGAACAAAAUACAUCAGCAUCAGGAACACGAUCACCUCCCGGCGAAACUAUUGUUGUGGAGGAAAUCACAAAACUCUGACGACAUAAAUGAAGUGGAAGAAGUAUUCGAUGACGAGGACGUAGACGAGCAGAAUAGAUUUGAAGCCGACGAUAAAAGCGGACUCGUCACUGCGAUGAUCUGGAUAGAAUAUUUUCGGGCCGGUGGAUGGCUAUCAGGAAACGCUUACAUCAUAACAGCCUUGGCCUGCCAACUUCUCCGCGUGUGCAUGGAUCUCUGGCUGAGUCAAUGGACAGAUCAAAAUACUCAUUGGUCGAUCAACGAAUACGAGGAUACAGUUUCCUAUUUCAAAAUAUACGUUAUCAUUUCCGUGGGCUCCAUUUUUGCGUCGCUUCUGUUCAAUAUAACGAGUCAAUGGGCAGGUGCCAGAGCGAGACGAAGAUUACAUCGGGAGGCCGUGUCCGGGCUUCUCGGCGCGCCUAUUUCGUUCUUCGACUGUAAUCCCGUCGGCAAGAUUCUGAACAGGUUCAGCGCUGACAUAGGUGUGAUAGACAAGAAAUUAUCCACGUCGAUCAAGAGGCUGACAUUCUUCGUGCUGCUCUGCAGCUCGUCGAUAAUUGUCAACGUUGCCAUCUCGCUGUGGUUCUUCUUCGCCGCCUUCCUAACCAUUUGCGCUUACUAUAUAUUGCAAAAAUUCUACAGACAGAGCGCCAGACAAUUGCAACGACUGGAUGGCAGUACGAGAGGACCGGUGGCUGCGCACUUUUCAGAAACUCUGUCGGGACUUCCGACAUUGAGAGCGUUCAAGCAAGAAGACCGCUUCAUGGAGGAGGCGAUGAAGCGCCUCGACGCGAAUACCAACGCGUUCCUUAUCUUGCACACCAGCGACAGGUGGCUGGGCAUCGCGUUGGAUUAUCUGGGCGCUGUUAUCGUGGUGACAGCCAUUUUCGCGGCCUUACAUUCCGCGGAAUUGUACCCGAGCCGCGUGACACCCGCCUUAGUGGGUCUGGCGAUCAACUAUACUCUCGUAGUACCGAUAUACCUGAACUGGGUGGUCAAGUUUACAGCGAACAUCGAGAUGUAUAUGGGCAGCGUGGCUCGAAUAUCCGCGUACAGGAACACGCAACCGGAGAACUAUCACGAAAACGGUUUAGGUGUGCCUGAUAAUUGGCCCAACAAAGGAAAUAUCUUUUUCGACAAUGUUUCCUUAAACUACGACGUGGACAGAGAUCCCGUGAUCGCAAAUUUAACUUUAAGGAUACCAGCUGGACAAAAGUUAGGCAUUUGCGGAAGAACCGGAAGUGGAAAAUCAUCGACCGUGGCGGCUCUCUUCCAGCUGAUCGAAAUCAGUCAAGGCCGCAUUUCGAUAGACGGGAUCGACAUCCGGCAGGUACCUCUUCGUACAUUGCGAUCACGAUUGUUGGCCAUACCGCAAGACGCAAUAAUGUUCAGCGGCACGAUUAGAGAAAACUUGGACCCACUUUCGGAACACGAGGACCAGGAAAUUUGGCAAGCCUUGGAGCUUUCUCAAAUGAAGGAAAUCAUAGCCUCGCAUCCUGAUGGACUAAAUUUUGAGGUUCGAGAGGGCGGUGAGAAUUUCUCAACCGGUCAGCUUCAGCUUCUGUGCAUGGCACGUGCUGUCCUUCAGCGAUCGAGUAUCGUCGUAUUGGACGAAGCGACCAGCGCGCUCGAUGUAGCCACAGAAAAGUCUCUUUUACAAGCGGUAGCAGUUGCCUUUGCCGAUAAAACUGUGAUCACUAUCGCGCAUCGAGCGAUGGCUUUAUUAGACUGCGAUCGUAUUGUCGUUUUCGAGGAAGGUAAAAUUGUCGAGGAAGGUUCACCGGCAAAUUUAAUGCAACGGCAGGAUGGAAUUUUCGUCACAAUGAUGAAUGCGAUCGAACGAAACGGCGGGCAACGAUGACUGCGAAAGAAAAGAGAGCAGAAAAGCGAGUAAUUGUGUAUAUAUAAUCGCCACUGAUUGAUAAACAUUUAAGUCAACUAUAGACGAGCCAUAUUCACGACGAAAUUCUGCUCAUAAAUUGAUAUAGCUUGUAAUACAGAAAACAUUUGAACCUUUAUAGAUAUAUAGAUAUAUGCCUAUAUCUAUAAACAUAAUUUUUUUUUAUUUCUUAUAAACGAAAUUUCGCGUUGUAAAUUCUAUCGUGAAUUGUGGGUCAUCUUUAGAGUGAAAAUUCCAAGACUGCUCUAUGAUCUUAAUAUUUUUUCGCAAUUAUUUUUUUAUCAAACAUUAACAUUUUAGUAUCAACAAAGCUUUAUUUUUUAUACUGAUUGAAAGUGCGCGUAAUUAAUAGCU